GCUGAGAACCAGAAGGCACACGUCACGUCGAUUUGAUUUUCGAACCGGAGAUUUUCGUGGUGUUUUUAGAGAUCUUUCCAGCAUCCCUCAACAAAAGCGAGCCACGAUGAAGAACCUGACCGAAGUGCUGCACAAGUUCUACGAUGAGUACACGGUGAAAACGCCCAAGAAGCUCAAGAUUGUCGACGCCUACUUGCUGUACAUACUGCUGACCGGCAUCACACAGUUUGUUUACUGUUGCCUCGUUGGAACAUUCCCGUUCAACUCAUUCCUGGCCGGUUUUAUCUGCACCGUCAGCUGCUUCGUACUCGGAGUUUGUCUCCGUCUCCAGUCCAACCCGCAGAACAAGGACCAGUUUGCAGGAAUCUCUCCCGAACGUGGCUUCGCUGAUUUCGUAUUUGCACACGUUAUAUUGCACCUGGUCGUGGUCAACUUUAUUGGCUAAAUUGGGUCGGGAUGCAAUCGCGAAUUUAGAUUUUAAGAAGAAAAAGCGAUCCGAGGGGGAGGAAUCUGUGGAAGGUGGAAAUACAUAAUGAACAAAUGAA